AUGUUUUUUAUGAUUUUCAUUUCCAUCGCUUUAAGAGACCUUGGGUUUUGCACUGCAGGUCGAAAUAUUGAAAAUCUUGUAAUGCAUAGUGUGCUUAGCUUUAUUGGCAAAGUAAAUGUAAGUCCCAAUACAUAUCUCCUACACCAAGAGCUGCUUAACUUCAUGCUCGUAGCCAUGCCAACUCAGCUUCUUUCUGGGCCAUCACCAGGACCCAAGGAUAUUCACCCAUUCAUUGAUAUGGCAAUGGUCCAGGAAAGCUCUUUUGUUGGUUUGGUUGUUCACAAACUGCUACUUAAUUACAUCAUGCGACCUCACUUCGCCUUAAAUAUUACAUCUUAUGACAUGUUUUCUGAAGGAAAUCAGCUUGGUGUUUUACAGAGAGUUGGUUCUGCAGCUGUAAGUUUUGUGCUAUCGCCAUUUAAUUUCUUUAUCAGUUCAAGUGGUGAAGCUACCAAAAGGCCUUUGGCAGACAGCAGUCUUCAUGUGUUACUUAUUCUUAUUUAUUAUCAUAAAUGUGUUAUGGAGGAGACUCUAAAAGAUAAAAGCGAUGACAGUGCCACUUCAGAUUUUCUUCUCAAAGAAAAUACAUAUUUUUCUGAAAACUCUUAUUGCAAGGCCUUAGAGAAUGUUAGGGAUAUUGAAUUUGAUCGCGUUGAUAUUGAGGGGAAUGCACACUAUGGUCCACUUGUGAGAUUACCUUUUGCUUCCCUCUUUAAUACUCUUGGCAUGUACUUGGCUGAUGAAACUGCUAUCUUACUGCUUUACUCAUUAGUGCAUGGGAACUCAGGUUUUCUGGAGUAUGUCUUGGUGCGAACAGAUUUGGAUACACUGUUGAUGCCCAUGCUGGCAACACUGUAUAAUGCUUCAAAAGGGACAUCCAAUCAAAUCUACAUGGUGCUGAUUAUUCUGCUAAUACUUAGUCAAGAUUCCUCUUUUAAUGCCAGUAUUCACAAGCUGAUGUUGCCAAGUGUUUCAUGGUACCAAGAACGCCUGCUCCAUCAAACUUCUCUUGGUUCCAUGAUGAUCAUAAUUCUGAUAAGGACUGUGAAUUACAACCUAUCCAAGCUACCACUACAAGAAAAAGAUAUUUACCUCCACACAAACUGUCUUGCAAUUUUGGCCAACAUGGCACCCCAUGUCCACCGUUUGAGUGCAUAUGCAUCACAGAGACUCGUUAGCCUCUUUGAUAUGCUCUCACGCAAGUACACUAAAUUAGCAGAGCUAAAACAUGAUAAGAUGCGUAUAGGGAAUGGUGAACCAAGAGGAGACAGUCUUCUAAAAGAGAUGUCAACAGAAUUGCAUAUUUAUACUGAUUUCCUGAGGAUUGUUCCAGAAAUAUUAAAUGCAAUACUGACUUACGCUCUUUCACGUAACCCUGAGGUUGUAUAUGCGAUUAUGCACAGGCAGGAGGUCUUUCAGCCUUUCAGGAAUCAUCCUCGCUUUAAUGAGCUGCUUGAGAAAAUUUUUACUGUCUUAGAUUUUUUCAAUAGCCGCAUGGAUGCCCAAAGAAUGAAUGGUGAAUGGUCGGUGGAGAAAGUCCUCGAAGUCAUAAUCAUCAAUUGUCGUUCUUGGCGUGGUAAAGGCAUGAAGAUGUUUACUCAAUUACGCUUUAUAUGCUUCUGCCUUAAAAGAUGUUAUAAAAAUAUAUAA